CGUGUUGGGAAGCCCAACUUUGUAAGAAGAUCGACAAAAAAAGUAGGGCAAAAAAAUUACAAAACCCGACAAGUUUAACCUAGAAUCGCAAAACCUAAAAGCAAAAGCUAAUCGACGGCGACGAGAACAAAAAAGAGGAGAAGAAGAAGACUUUGUCGCCGCUCUCAGAUCUCGAUGGCACCGACGAAAGCGGAAGCUACAUGCUUCUUCGACAACCCACCUGUGGUCUCUUCGAGUGAAGAGGAAGAAUCUGGUUCAUCUGGAGAUGAAUCUGAUUCCUCUGCUGAAGUUUCCGAGUCCGAUUCCGAACCCGAGCCUGCUAAGAAGAAGUCAGAUGCUUCUGGAUCUGCUGCGGCUUUACCCGAGAGUUCAAAAUCAAAGCGUCCUUUGAAAGAAGCUGAGCCUGAAGGUAGCAAGAAGCUGAAGAUAUCAGAGACAGAGCAUGUGGUGAAGAAGACGAAAGCAAAUGAUAAUGAAUCCAUGUUUGAUGCUCAGAGUUUGAGUUCCCUCUAUGAAUCCAUAAUAAGAGGGGGUUGGAAAAAAGUUGCUGAUGGAGCUAAGAAGACACAAGUGGAUGAAAAAUGGAAGACGCUUAAGGCUAAGGAGGUGGAGCUUAAGGCUAAGGAGGUGGAGCUUAAGGCUAAGCAGGUGGAGCUUUGUUUGCAGAGGACUGAGCUCACUAACGAAACUGCAAAGAUGAUAUUGGAAGCCUACGAAUCCUGAUCGGUUUGUCUUUUUUUUUACUCUCUAGUAUGCAUCUUUUGAGUCUUUUUAUAUAUUGUGCAUAUUAGCUUGUAGAACUAAUCCUAGGUAACUCGUUGUCGUAUUUUUUGCUUUAUGCCCCUAUGUUGAAUGCUUUGGUUUGGGUAUAAGACCCCUUUAUUUAUCUUGUUCGGUUUCUAUGAACCCAGCCAGAAAAUAGAAUGGCCUUAUUAGUUCUUUUAUGUUAAGAGCUGUGAAACUA